UGGAAACGGUUGUUGUAGAUGAUAAACUAUUCAUCUAUACUCUACAUAUUAGUUUUUAUAGAUAAUAGUUUGGUUUAAAGUGUUAACGAUAUGUGGCGAAAUAUGAUAAGUUCUUAUUGUAACGCUUCUGGGCAACAGCUGAGCGUUAAACGGUUGCUAUUUGUAGACAGGACGCUUGAGCAGCAGCAGGUUCAAUUGGAACUGUUGGACACGUCGCCACCACGCUCAGAUGAGGAUUGGCUAAACGCAAAGUCCUACAAAGAAGUUCCAGGACCCAGCACAUUGCGUGUCCUCUCUUACUUUCUACCAGGCGGAAAGUUGUACAAUAUGAAUCUCAUACAAAUGAAUCGCCGCAUGCGUGAGUUGUACGGCGAUAUUUAUCGUUUUCCUGGUUUAAUGGGCAAAUCGGAUGUGAUUUUCACCUACAAUCCAUUGGACUUUGAGCUCGCUUAUAGAAACGAGGGAGUUUGGCCCAUACGCAUAGGUCUAGAGAGUUUUACGUAUUAUCGCAAGGUGCAUCGCCCGGAUAUAUUUGGUGGCAUUGGCGGACUAGUCUCAGAACAAGGAAAAGAUUGGGCUGAUAUACGCAAUAAGGUGAAUCCAGUGUUGAUGAAAGUGCAAAAUGUCAGACAGAAUUUGCCACAAAUCGAUCGCAUUGCCAAGGAGUUUAUUGACAAAUUGGAAACGUUGCGGGAUCCGCAGUCACAUACUCUGAGCGUAGACUUUCACGAUCAGCUCAAGAUGUGGGCCUUUGAAUCGAUUAGUUUUGUGGCACUUAACACUCGCAUGGGCCUACUAACUGAUCAUCCAGAUCCGAAUGCAGCUCUGCUGGCCAAGCAUAUGACGGAUUUCUUUAACAACAGCUUUAAAUAUGAUAUACAACCCUCCAUUUGGCCGUAUUAUAAGACGCCCGGGUUCAAGAAGUUUCUGCAGACAUACGAUCACAUUACGGAGAUCACAACGAAUUAUAUUGAGGCGGCGAUAAGACGAUUUGACUUGGAGAAGAAUCACAAUCAGGAUAGUAAGUGUGUUUUGGAACAGCUGCUGGCAUUUGACAAAAAGGUGGCUGUGGUGAUGGCGAUGGAUAUGUUGAUGGCAGGCAUAGAUACGACCUCUUCGGCAUUUGUGACCAUACUCUAUCAUCUGUCCCGCAAUCCCAACAAGCAAGCAAAAUUGCGCCAGGAGCUGCAGAAUAUUCUCAGUGAUUCCUCUGCUCCUCUGACCGCUGAGAACACCAAGAAUAUGCCUUAUUUGCGGGCCUGCAUCAAGGAGGGACUGCGCAUCACCUCAAUUACGCCGGGAAACUUUCGCAUUACGACCAAGGACCUCAUACUCUCCGGCUAUCGUGUGCCUCGGGGCACGGGCGUGCUUAUGGGUGUCCUGGAGUUAUCCAAUAGCGAUCAAUACUUUCCACAAAGUAAGAGUUUCAUGCCGGAACGUUGGCUGAAACAGGACUCCGCCUGUCCCGAUACCCGUUCCCGCAAUCCUUUUGUCUACCUGCCCUUUGGAUUUGGACCACGCACGUGCAUUGGUAAACGCAUUGCCGAACUGGAGAUGGAGACGCUGCUGGUACGUCUAUUGAGGUGCUACCAGGUCACCUGGCUGGGAGAGACACCCCUGCAGUACGAGAGCACCAUAAUCCUGUCACCUCACGGCGAUAUACGCUUCAAAUUCGAGCCAAUUGUGUAAGCUCAGAGUUUUACUGGCGGUACUUCUAACAAUUAUGGGAUAUAUAACAAAUGUACUAUUAAUGUGUACACAAACAGUUAGUCAAGAAAGUGUUUUGAUAACAUUGAAACUCUACACAAUUAA